AUGUCGCAUUCAUCAGUGCCGAAAGUACCUUGUGUAACCUGUGAUAAAAAUGGUCUGGGCAUUUUUAAAUGCGAAGGAUGUGCUCAAGUAUUUUGUCGAAAACAUUCUACCGAACACAGAGAUAAACUUACUCAUCAAUUAGACGAGCUCUUUAUCGAACAUGACGCUUUGCAGAAGUCGAUUGCCGAACAUAACGAUGAACAAAAUAGUUAUCAACAACUUCUAGAAAAAAUUAAAACAUGGGAAAAAGAUGCAAUUGCAAAGAUUCAACGUACAGCAAAUGAAGCACGACAACAAGUUAAUAAAUUAACCAACGAAAAAACAGAAAUACUAUCAAUGAAACUAAAUGAUCUUGCUCAACGACUGCGUAAAGCACGUACAGAUGAUGAUUAUGUUGAAACUGAUGUUGAAAAAUGGACAAAAAAACUUAAAGGAUUAAAGAGUGAAAUGAUCACUAUUCUGGGCUCGCUUACUGUUGUUGAAGAUUCAAAGAAUGCACUCGUUCCUAAAAUGUCUAUCUCUUCUAUACAACAACUAGCAAAAUUUGAAGAACGAUUUGGAGAAUCUUUGGGCAAUAUUACUAUUGAAGAUAACGGCCGUUCAAUAGCACACAGUAGCAGCAAACGUAGUGAUGCCUAUGCGCGUGCGGUAGGCGAGUAUUCGCAUGGAAAGUGUAGAAUUCGAUUAAUUAUCAACAAGACUGCAUCAUAUGUGGCUUCGUUUAAUGUUGUUUCAAAAUCUGUUCGCACAUUAGGACUGUCACCUAGUAACGGAUGUUUUCCCUACGGUUGGCGAACUGACGACUCCAUGAACAAUCCUGAUAUUGACCGUAAAACUAAUCCAGGACAGAAAGAUUUACGUGGCGAGACAACAUUAAAGCUAGACCUCUUAAUCGAUUGUGAUAAUCGUAAAAUUAGCUAUUUCAAUGAACAAACAAAAAUUACACGUACAAUGGAUGUUGAUACCAAUCGAUGUCCAUUUCCAUGGCAACUCGAAUGUCAUGUGCACGACGUUAAUGAUCGUAUAGAGAUUUUGUCAUCGAAUCUUGUUUAA